AUGUCGCAGUCCGGACUGCUACCCCAAGAUUUUGCCGACCAUGGCGCUCCUAAACGAAUGUUCAUCGCAUUCUUCAAAAGUCGACAAGUGAGGUUCUUCGCACUCUUUGGUGUUGGCCUCUAUCUCAUCAGGGCAUUCUUGUUGGACUCAUCCAAACCGGGUAAAGAAGACUACGCAGCCACGAAUCCCUGGCGGGACCUCCCGACUGACUCGGCCGUCCACUCAACCAUCCGGGAGGUGCUCUUCAUCAGCGAUACCCUCCGGGACGGCAUGCUCCCGACCUCGCUCCCGGGUGAUGACUACGACACGUACUCUGCCAUGCUACACAAUUUGGAGACGCGGCAAGAUGUCACUUGGCUAGUUAUCCAAGAGACCGGCGUCGACAGAACCAUCAUGGCCAUUGCCAAUCGUGGCGGACAUCAUAGUCCUAUCCCAGAGGAGCCCCACGACUUACAUGAGCGUGCCAAGACGCUUCACGGUCACUGGUCGGCGCUCGCUGCAGCCAGCGACAAACCAGAGAGAUGGGAAGCUCGGUUUGACACGACUUGUCUCCCGCCAUUGGCUGCCAGACAAGGCAGCGCAUCAGGACAAAAAGCCGGUUCAUUCAAGCUGGACUUGACUCCCGCACAGAAAGCAGAUGCGGAAGCCAGGUACAAGGCCUAUCGCAAGCGCAGGGAUCGCGCCGUGUCGUACCUCAAGGACCACCCGCCCAAACCAAUGGCCUGGGUGCCGGCGCAAACGGACCCGGAGAAGCAGCGCGGUUUCUGGGAAUCGCUGUUCAAUGACGGUGUCAUCAAGGCCGGACGUAACGUCGAGGGAGGAAAGCUGACGGGCAACCCGGGGUUCAAGCCCGUCUACCGUGAUCUCAUUACUGAGCGUGUCCCAUACGACUGGGUCAACCCGGAUGAGCAAGUGAAGGAGUACACUGAGGCGGAACAUCUGAAGGAGAUGGAGGCCUUCAGGGAAGAGUCCCGCGUCAGAAAGGAGAGGACGGACAAGCAGGCUGCUUACCAGGAAGAGCUCAGAGCCGAGGAGAGACGGAAGCGGGGAGAAAAGGAAGAGCUUUGA